AUGUCUCGACAACUCAUUUCCAGCGCGAAAUUCCCUCCCAAGCCGCACAACUGCCCUGCGGUCAAAAUUCCCGGUCUCGUUUUCUGUGCCGGUCAGACAGCUACGGGAGAAAUCAAACAAGCAACCAGAAAAGUCCUAGAAAACCUCAAAGAAGUCCUUGAACUAUCCGGUUCUUCCCUCGAAAAAGUGGUCAAAUACAAUGUAUAUCUUGCGAAUAUGAAGGAUUUUGCAGCCAUGAAUGAAGUCUACAUUGACUUCCUGCCACAACCGAUGCCAUCACGGUCUUGUCUUCAGGCUGUUCCGCCUGGUGAUGGCACUGUUAUUGAGAUUGAAUGUAUUGCACAAGCUUAA